AUGGGGCGAUCCGUGCAGGUUGACAACUCCAUCCAGCGCUACGCUGAGAGCUGCGUGCAGUCUCGCGCGGCCGCCCAGGUCGGUACCUUGGUUGGGCGCAGCUCGCCUGGCAAAGACCUGCUGCUGCAGGCCCUGCGAACUCCAAACAGCGACGGCGUAGCGCCGCUGUCAGUGACCGCUGGCAGCACGGCAAAGAAAGGCGGGAAGGGUGGCAAGCCCAGCAGUUCGGCUGGAGGAGGGCUGCUGCUGGAUGAGGAGCUGGUGGUGGAGCAUGCAACGAUAGUGGAGCGCCUGCUGCCGGGAGGCCUGGACGUGAUGGGCUUUUACGUGCUGUGCCCCGCCACGGCCUUUGCUGGCACGACGGCCCUGCUGUCCGCGCUGGUGGGGCAGGCGGCGCGCGAGUUGAGCGGCCGGCUGCCCACCAUGCUGGUCCUGCAUAUUGACUCCAUCAGCGGCGCCCUUUCACUGCGGGAGGUCGCUGCAGGGGGCAGCCUACGGCCUUGCGAGUUCAAGCUGGCAGGCCUGCUGGACCAAAUGGUGCAGCUGCAGUGCAGAUAUGAGAUCCGCCUGCAGGUGCCGGUGACGAGAGGCAAGCAGGAGCUGCACGCUGUGCUCCAGUCGGCGGCAGACAGUGCGGUCGAUCAAGUGCACGGCGCGCUGGGGUUGGUGAGUGGCCAGCUGGCCACUGACGACUGCCAGGUGGCAGAUCUGGCCGACGACGGCAGCGGCAGCGGCGGCGGCGGGCCCAUCCCUGUGGAUCUCCUGUUGCAGCCCAGCAGCAGCCUGGUUUUUUGCACCGCGGGGGGCGGCAAGGCGGGGAGCGGGCUGCAGCAUGGCAGCGCAGAAGGCCCCACACUGGGGCUGAUACUCCUGGCGGCCUGCCUGGACUGCCGUGCCUGCGUGCAUCGGCGCGAGGCAGCCACCGCAGCGGUGAAUGCAAUACGGGCCGACCUCAAGCGCAGCCUGCAGGCCCGCAUGGAUGCCUUGCUGGAUGCUGCGGAGCAGCAACAGGAGGCCUCUGCUGCAGAGGCAGAGCAGCGGCAGCAAGGAGGCAACAGCAGCAGCAGUGAGGCGGCAGCUGCGUUUCCCCCCGUUCACCCGCUGCUUUCUGCGGUGGCCCAUUGCAGCAAGCCACUGGUGGUGUCGCUGCCGCGGCGGGCCUUCGUGGCGGCAGUACCUCCCGCACGUGGCGUCUCCUUCUGCGACUACUUGUUCGAAGGGGAGAGCACCCAGGCGCUGCUGGCCCGGCUGCAGAUGCUGCUGCUCAUGCCGGGGUUGGCCACGGCAGCGGUGGAGUGCUUGGAGCAGGCAGCGGUGCGGCCACGGCCUGGUGCCCGGGGACCCCAGGCCGUGGGGAUUUCGGGCAGUGGAGGCACUGGCAGGGCUGACGCGCUCCCCUCCACCAUGCUGAUUGGGGUGUGGGCGGCAAUGGCGGUGCUGACGCUAGCAUUGGGUUACAUGGCGCUUGGGCCAGGGCGUUGA